AAAGGUGGGGGGGAGGCUGAGCCAGACAAAGCAAAGAUGGCAGGGAUCCUCGCUUGGUUCUGGAAUGAGAGGUUUUGGCUGCCACACAAUGUCACUUGGGCAGAUCUGAAGAGCACCGAAGAAGCCACCUUCCCUCAGGCGGAGGAUCUCUACUUAGUCUUUCCCCUGGCCUUCUGCAUCUUCAUGAUCCGCAUGCUUUUCGAAAGGUUUAUAGCUAAGCCGUGUGCCUUAGGCUUAAAAGUCCAAGCCAAUGGACCACAGAAAGCUCAGCCUAAUGCUAUUCUUGAAAAGGUCUUCACUGCCAUUACAAAGCACCCAGAUGAGAAGAGGCUGGAAGGGCUAUCCAAGCAGCUAGACUGGGACGUGCGCAGUAUUCAGCGCUGGUUUCGACAGAGACGCAACCAGGAAAAACCAAGCACUCUUAGGAAGUUCUGCGAGAGCCUGUGGAAAUUUACAUUUCAUCUUUACAUAUUCACCUAUGGAUCCCGACUCUUAAUAAAGACUCCCUGGCUAUGGAACACAAAGCAGUGCUGGGUUGGUUACCCGUAUCAGCCAUUGAUGCCCGAGAUUCAUUACUACUACAUACUUGAGCUGUCAUUCUAUUGGUCCUUAAUGUUUUCUCAGUUCAUUGACAUCAGAAGAAAGGACUUUAACAUCAUGUUUACACAUCAUAUUGUGGCAGUCAUGUUACUAACAAUCUCCUAUGUAGUCAAUUUCACACGAGUGGGAAGCCUGACUUUGGGUUUUCAUGAUAUAUCUGAUGUUGUGCUGGAGGCAGCCAAAAUGGCAAAUUACUGCAAGUUUCAAAAACUGUGUGAUUUCCUCUUCCUUAUAUUUGCUAUUAUUUUCAUUAUUACUAGGCUUGGAAUCUAUCCUUUAUGGAUACUCAAUACAGUACUCUUCGAACUGCCUGAAAUUGUUGGUGGCUUUCCUGCUUUAUCAAUCUUUGUCAUUUUACUUUUGAUACUUCAAGUUCUCCACUGCUUUUGGUCCUACUUAAUAAUAAAGGCAGCCUAUAAAGCUAUUUUGAAAGGCAAGGCAAAAGAUGACCGAAGUGAUGUUGAAUCCAGUUCAGAUGAGGAAUCCUCCACUCUUCAGUCAAGGAAUUCCCACAGCUCAGCUACCACCAAUGGGACAAAUGGAACAAACGGGUAUCUCACUGGUAGCAACUCUGCAGAGGAAUAUUAAUCUCUGGAAUAUACACUGCUACAUGAACUGUUUGCUACAGAGAACAAAUAAGAUGUGAAUGCAGGGUUUGAUUUUUUUCCCCCUCCUCUGUUCUUCUUUCCUUCUUUUCUUUGGUGGUGGUGGGGGUAAAUCUCAGAAAAAAAAAAUCUACACACACUUGGAAUAUUUAAAGCUUCUAAUACUGCACUGCUGUAUUCCUCUUUGUAAAUGACAGCGCCACAUGAUUUUCUGUAUGUAGGCAUGCUGUAUC